UUUCACUUGGUUCCUGUGACCUUUGAAGAUCUGGCUGUCAAGUUCUCUGCUGAUGAAUGGCAUCUCCUAGAGGAAUGGCAGAGGGAAUUUCACCGGGAUGUGAUGAGGGAGAACUAUGAGACACUGGUCUCCCUGGGGACAGCUCAGUUGCUUCCACUCUCUGCAUUCCUCUCUCUGACAGAACCCCAAGAGGAUAUGGAGGACAGUGGCUGUUCUGAUGGGGAAUGGGAGAGGCCUGGUGGAGGAUUCCAGGGAAAAGAGCUGGAGAUCUCUGAUGCUGAUGCCUGUGCAGAUACCACCCAGAGGGCUCAAGCCUUGGAUGAGGCGCAGAGCUCAGGUGGGGCAGGUGAAGUGAGUCAGCACCAGGGCAGCCUUCACCUCAAUGCCCUGGUCCGUCUGGUGAAGGAGAUUCCAGAGUUCCUGUUUGGUGAAACCAAGGCCAUGGAUACCCCAGACACCCCUGAGAGCAAGGAAAGUGGUUCAGAGGGGGAGAGACUGGGCCUGGAAGCAGCCAUGACUGUGGAUUCCAGCCCCCUCCAGGGCUUGCUGAACUACCUCCCAGAGACCCCUAUCAGCAGGCCUGCCCUGGCUGUCACACCUGCCAGCAGCUCAUCCAACAGCAGUCUACAAGGGGAUGGAGACCGAGAGCUGAGGACCCCAGAGCUGGGACCCCAGGCCCUGUAUCCCUAUGAACCGGCUGCCAAAACUAGUCCCUUGGACAUCAGCAGGAAUCCUAGUGGGAAAGAAGAUCCAGAAACAUCAGCUAGCCAACCUAAUACUCCUGGUUUCACUGGCACUCAGGAACAGAAGCAACUGGGGACCAUGGGACAAGGAAGUUCUUCUGAGAACAGCCCUCUCCAAGGCCUUAUCAACUGCCUGAAGGAAAUUCUCGUCCAGGGACCCCAGCACCCCCGGCCUCCUGUUACUGGAUCACUUCCUCAGAGCAGCCCAGGGGGUAUGAGACUAAUGACCGCAGACCAAAGACCCAGAGGCACACCCUGGACGGGACCAGGCAGUAACUUAAUAGAAGAGUCAGAACCAGAACCCAGGUCUCCAGAUCCCAGCCCUGGACUCUUCCCCACUCCUGACUCCUUGAAGGCAGAAACCAUUUCAGAGAAUUCCCCACUCCAGGGCCUGCUGAACUGUCUUAAAGAAAUUCCAGAAACUCAAGCCAGAUGUGCUGGCCUCCCAGGAGGAGGGGUGAAGCAGCAGAGAGACGGUCCAGGCACUUGGCAGAAGGAUUCUGGAGUUAAGAUGGAAGGAACCAGCGAGGAUGUCUGGGCCCAGAGCCCCCAGAGCUACAUCCUUGACACUCCCACUCCAGUGUCCUGCGAGCGCAGUGUACUUAGCCACAGCUCUUCCACUAGUAGCAGCGUGGAGGGCGACGGGAACCUUGGGGAGCCAGAGGUGCCAGUUUGGACCCCAGUGAACCAAGCUGGCAGUGCCCAGAGUUCACCCCUGGAGGCCCUGGAAACCUAUCUGAAGGACAUCCCCCUGAACAGAUCAUUACGACCCCAGCCACUGAGCAACUACUGGUGCCUGAGCCCUGGGCAGGUGGAGACAGUUCAGCGAAGGUCUGAUCCACGGGCCCGGAAGUGGCAUGUGGAAGCAGUGACCACAGGUUCUCCCUCUUCCCUGGGGACACAUGGUUAUGUAAAAGAUCUCUCUGCUCGCCGCCUGGGUCACCUUAACACCCCCAAUAGCUUCUCAUCAGCCAGCAGCACAGAUGGGGACCUGGAUCUCAGAAGCCCAGAAGGGAGCCGGGGUCGAUGGUGCAGAGAAGUGAGUCCAGUUGGGAGCUCUCCCCUCCAGGGUCUGGAGAACUGUCUCAAAGAGAUCUCUGCAAACAGGCCCCACCUCAGCCAGCCUGCCUCAUUGUUGGCUCCAGCAGGGGAUGGGAUAUCGAGAAGAGUGGAAACCAGGAGUUGGAUAUCAGACAAGGAAGGACUGGGGAGUGAGCCCCAUGACUCUCUCUGCUCGAGGCAAGGUGGAAAGGAGGCCCCUUCUGAGAGUCUGAACCUCAGCAGCCCACAGACCAGAGUCUACAGCUCCUUUGCUCACCACCUGGCUGAGAAAAGAGACAAGACAACUGAAGCAGGGCCUUGGAAAUGCCUUGGGGAAGGGGCAGCCCCCAAGCCCUCUCCACUUCGAUGUCUGGAAAACUCAUUGAGAGGGAUCUUGGCCAUGAGGCCCCUGCGCUUCACCUGUUUGGCUAGCCCCAGCCUUAGUUCCAGCUCUAGCCCCAGCUCCAGCCGCAGCAGCAGCAGCAGCAGCGGUGGCUCAGAGGGAGAAGACCAGAGGUUGGAGCCUGAGCCGUGGAAAUCUCGUCUCAAGGAGUGCUCCCUCUUCCCCAUCCCUCGGGGGCCUGUCUCUCAGGCCAGCAGCCAUCCCAGCCCCCUCACAGGCAGUACCAGUAGCCCCACAACAAGCAAAGACCAGAGGAGGACUGAGCCUGUGCACUGGAGAGCUCUCAAUGCAGCUCUGAAAGUAGAGGAGACUUCAGGCUGUAGCCCCAGGCUCCAUGGGAAAGAUGUACCUGAAGAGACUUCUGGUGGGUUCCCCACCCCCAACAGCGCUGAAACAGGGCCAUCUGCUGAUCCCUGUUCUGCCACCGACCUGGAAGAAGCUCCUGAGGUGCCGGCACCCUGCCCCUCUUCUAGAGGGCCUGAGGUAGACGAAGAAGCUGACGGCCCGAAGGCUGCGCCUGGAGGACUGAGUGUGGCAAGUCCCAAGGAUGCUAAGCCAGACACCCCGGAGACGAAGGCCAGGGAUUUGACAACACUUGCACCGGGUGCUGAAGCUAUCCCCCAGUCCAGCCCACCAGAAACACCUGAAGGCAUACAGACCUGGAAUGGUACUUCUGUCCUGACCUCCCAGGACCCUCCAUCACCGCCAAGGCCAGACAGAGGAAACAAGCGCCUGCGCUCUCUGGGUGAGCCUGCUGCCAGCUCUUCUGAAGCUCAAAUGGGCAGGAGAAUCUCAAACAGUCAGAUAUGUGGCUCAACCGAGACCCCUAGCAAGACCCCACGACUGGCCUUGCUCCCAGUGGUCAAUGCCCCCCCAACCUUGCCAGUUAAUUCCCCACAGUCUUCCUGCCACUGUGGGGAUGCUCUCCGGGGGGAGCUUCACAACCUUGGCACUGCCCUCACAGAGCAGUUGACCCGUCUCUCCUCCGCCCUGGUCACCCUGUCCCAGGACAUGUCAGCCAUGAAGAACCACAUGAAGUUGCUGGGGCGGAACUUCCGGUCACACCAAAGGCUAGGAAGGGGAUCACGACCCUGGACUCUCUGCCGGAAAUACCAAAGGUGCUAUCAUUCUGUUCGAAGACAUCGACUGGGACAAAAAAAGCCCACUCAGCCACAACCCCUACAAUUUGAGGGGCAGCCAAAAGGUCCAGGGGUUGGUGAUACCUCAAACUUCUUAUGGCAGGAGCUCCAUAUGGUGCCACAACUGCCUCCAGAUGCUCCCCCAGGGAUAACACCUAUGGUACUGACUACUUCCUUUAGCGCCAAUAGUGGCUCUUCCCCCUCCUCUCUCCUCUUGUCCCCCACUUCCUCUACAUUACCAACUGUGCACUCACCUCAAAGACAACUGGAGCACUACCAAAGCCCACCACCCACUCCAGCUGCCAUAUCAUCUUCUCAAAUUGCCCCUCCUCCAAGCCCAGAGGAAGGGUUCAAAUCCUGGCAGGAGCUGGAGCAGUGCAAGUGGAAAUCCGCUAUGGACACAGAGAUGAAGGGAGCCUGGUCCCAGCAAUCCAGAGAGCCCUGUAGUAGGAGGCCUGGGGAAGUGAGCACAAAAGUCCAACAUGGAGGACCUGGCUAACUAACAGGAAAGCCCAUUAGCUAGAGGCAGAGGCCCUUCUUCAGUGGUCCCCUGUGGGGGGAAACCAUUGCUUCCUUCCAUGUCAGCUCCAGAUGAGUCCUCCCCUCCCCCUUCUCCUGGCUGCAUAUAGAUGAUGGGGUUUCUGCCUGUUUUUCUUAUUAGUCCUAGUCUUUCCCAGGCACUUUUGGGACAUUUUCUUCAGAGAAGAAGCAACUAUUUGGGGAUGUUUUCUUUCCCUUUUCCUUAGCUUACGCUUCAAUGAAACCUUGAUUACAUGUUUCUUCCCACCAUUAUCCCUUUGUCCAAGAACUGCCAAAGUGAACAUAA